CACCACUCUCCUCUCAUACAAAACAUAAAACAAUGUCUCAUCUUGCUCUCUUCCUCUUCACUCUCCUUGUCCUUUCAAGUUCAUGUUGCUAUGCGAUUGGUUCCCAAAACAACAGAACAGUGUUAGCACUUGCAAGCAGGAUUGGGAUCAACUAUGGUAAACUAGGCAACAAUCUUCCUUCUCCUUACCAAUCAAUUAACCUCAUCAAAACCAUUAAAGCUGGCCACGUCAAGCUCUAUGACGCUGAUCCAGAAACCCUAAAACUCCUCUCAAAAACCAAUCUUUACGUCACCAUCAUGGUCCCUAACGACCAGAUCAUCUCAGUUGGCUCUGAUCAAGCCGCUGCUGACAAAUGGGUUGCCACCAAUGUCCUUCCUUUCUACCCGCAAACCCGAAUCCGAUUCGUCCUCGUUGGAAACGAAGUCCUCAGCUACAGUUCUGACCAAGACAAGCAGAUAUGGGCCAAUCUUGUCCCUGCCAUGCGUAAAGUUGUGAAUUCUCUUAGGGCUCGUGGGAUUCACAACAUCAAAGUCGGGACUCCUCUUGCCAUGGACGCUCUUAGAUCGAGCUUUCCUCCGUCGAGUGGUGCAUUCCGGGAAGAUCUCGCUGUUCCGGUGAUGUUACCAUUGUUGAAGUUUCUCAAUGGAACAAACUCUUUCUUCUUUCUUGAUGUUUACCCUUACUUCCCUUGGUCUACUGAUCCGGUUAAUAACCAUUUGGAUUACGCUCUUUUCGAGUCGAAUUCGACUUAUACCGAUCCUCAAACCGGGUUGGUUUACACCAAUCUUCUAGACCAGAUGCUCGAUUCGGUUAUCUUUGCAAUGACCAAGCUCGGUUAUCCGGACGUCCGUCUCGCAAUCUCUGAAACCGGGUGGCCUAAUUCAGGUGAUAUCCACGAAACCGGUGCUAAUGUUCUCAAUGCCGCGACGUAUAACCGGAAUUUGAUCAAGAAGAUGACUGCUAACCCACCACUCGGUACACCAGCGAGGCGCGGUGCACCUAUACCGACGUUUUUGUUCUCCUUGUUCAAUGAAAACCAGAAACCCGGUUCGGGAACAGAGAGGCAUUGGGGGAUUUUGAAUCCUGACGGUACACCGAUCUACGAAAUCGAUUUCACCGGUACAAGACCGGUUUCAAGCUUCGGUGAGUUGCCUAAACCGGAUAACAAUGUGCCGUUCAAGGGAAACGUGUGGUGUGUGGCGAUAGAUGGGGCAAGCGAGGCAGAGUUAGGGCAGGCACUCAACUUUGCUUGUGGGAGAAGCAAUGAAACUUGCGCAGCUUUGGCGCCGGGAAAAGAGUGUUACGCGCCAGUCUCUGUUUCUUGGCAUGCAAGCUAUGCAUUUAGCUCAUACUGGGCUCAGUUCCGGAACCAAAGCUCUCAAUGUUACUUUAAUGGCUUGGCUCGUGAGACUACGACUAACCCUGGAAAUGAGCGUUGCAAGUUCCCUAGCGUUACUCUGUGA